GGGCCGCCAGGGGGCGGGCUCCGGCCAUGCCCGGAACGGGGCGGAGCAUGCGUGGGGCGGGGCUCCAGCCCGGCGUCUGCCGCGUGAGGUGUCCGUUCGCCACCCGCUGCCGCUGCCGCCGCCAUGGCUCUGCUCCACACCAGCCGCUUCCUCGCCGCCCCGCGCCUCGCCGCCCGCGCCAGCUCAUGGUGGUCCCACGUAGAGAUGGGUCCCCCCGACCCCAUCCUGGGGGUGACAGAAGCUUUCAAACGUGACACCAACUCCAAGAAGAUGAACCUGGGUGUGGGUGCAUACCGGGAUGACAACGGGAAGCCAUAUGUCCUGAACUGCGUCCGCAAGGCAGAGGCCAUGAUAGCAUCCAAGAAGAUGGACAAGGAGUAUUUGCCCAUUGGGGGGCUGGCAGAUUUCACCAGGGCAUCAGCAGAGCUGGCUCUGGGGGAAAACAGCGAGGCGUUCAAGAACGGACGGUAUGUCACUGUGCAGGGUAUUUCUGGGACCGGAUCUCUGCGAAUUGGAGCCAACUUUUUGCAACGGUUCUUCAAGUCCAGCCGGGACGUGUACCUACCCAAACCAUCCUGGGGCAACCACACCCCCAUUUUCCGGGAUGCUGGGCUGCAGCUUCAGGCUUAUCGCUAUUACGACCCCAAGACAUGCAGCCUUGACUUCUCUGGAGCCAUGGAAGACAUUUCUAAAAUUCCAGAGAAGAGCAUCAUCCUCUUGCAUGCUUGUGCUCACAACCCCACCGGGGUGGAUCCCCGGCAGGAGCAGUGGAAGGAGUUGGCAGCUACAGUGAAGAAAAGGAACCUCAUGGUGUACUUUGACAUGGCCUACCAGGGCUUUGCCAGCGGGGACAUCAACAGGGACGCCUGGGCCGUGCGGCAUUUCAUCGAGCAGGGCAUCAAUGUCCUCCUGGCACAGUCCUAUGCCAAGAACAUGGGGCUGUAUGGAGAACGUGUGGGUGCCUUCACGGUGAUCUGUCACGACGCAGAGGAAGCCAAGAGGGUGGAAUCUCAGCUGAAGAUCCUGGUCCGCCCCAUGUACUCCAACCCCCCGAUGAACGGAGCCCGCAUCGCCUCUGCCAUCCUCAACACCCCUGACCUUCGGAAGGAGUGGCUGGUGGAGGUGAAGAGCAUGGCUGACAGGAUCAUCAGCAUGAGGACUCAGCUGGUGUCCAACCUCAAGAAAGAAGGAUCCUCCCACAACUGGCAGCACAUCACUGACCAGAUUGGCAUGUUCUGCUUCACUGGGCUGAAGCCAGAGCAGGUGGAGAGGCUGAUCAAGGAGUUCUCCAUCUACAUGACAAAGGACGGCCGGAUCUCUGUGGCAGGAGUUACCUCGGGCAAUGUGGGCUACCUGGCUCAUGCCAUCCACCAAGUCACAAAGUAAAGACAAAGCUGUGCCCUGGAGCUGGUGGCCUUCCCUUCCCCACUGGUUGAAGACAGGAAGGGAAACGAGCAAAAUGCUUCCAACCACAGCACCUGACGCUGCUGCUGAAUGUAUCUUGUAGACAAGUUGUUGUAGAAGCCUAGUCCAAACAGCCCUGCACUGCAGAGCAGGGACAUCAUUGCUGGCUCCCACUCCUCACAGCCAUUCUCCCCUCCUGUCCAUCCUUUGUCCAGCAGCCCCAGCAUCCAUCUGCACUGGAGGAAGCAAAUACCUAACUCUGCCAUCCCACUUGGUAGAGGCACCAAAGGCUCCCCCAGGCUCCUUUCUCCAUGAGAAGGCUUUGUGAGGCUGUUGUGGCCUCUGGCCCAAGUGGCAAGGGAUGAGGAGCUGGGUGGGCUGAGUGGGAGGGCUGCUGGGGUGUGUCCCUGCCACCUCCUCAGCUGGUCACUGCUGCCAGCAGGCUCCGUCCUUCUCUGGCCUGGCCUGGGGCUGGGCAGGGCCAAAGCCAUUUCGUCUUAACAGCCAGCUCUGAGGACUUCUCACGGCUAAAAAUCUCCAUUGGCUUUGCUCAUUCCAUGUGGGAAUCUCUUCAGAUGCAAUUCACGGUGGCACUGGUAUGUAGGAUUGACCCCUGUCCCUCCUCUAAACCUUCCUGGUUCUCCUGACUUCACUCCUGGGCUCUGAGGGGAAACAAUUCCUGCUCCCGCCCAACAAGAACCUCAUCUGAAAACUGCUCUGUUGGUCUCUGCCUCUCCCCUGCCUUGCACCAGCCACAGCAGCCCCUCCCUGUGCCCCAGAAGUCUUUGUGUGUGCACCCCAAAGCCAUGUCCACCCUCACCUGAGGCCGCAGGGUUUCCCUUUCAUCUGCUCUCUUCAGAUUUCUGAUUUAAUCAGAAAACGGGAGGGAAAGAUCUCGAGGAAGGUCUGAGUCCAUGACUCAAAAACCCACUCUGUUCUUCCAAAGCGAGCGUCCCUGAGGCCCUGUGACUUGAUGGACUUUUUUAAUCCAAAUAAACUGGUGCAUGGCUGUGUCGA